AAAAAAAAAAAAAGAAAGAAGAAAAACCAACACUCUUUUAAUUAUUAGCCCAGACGGCAAGGAAAAAUUAAAGAAUCAAAAACAGUUUUAUGUGGAUGCAGACGAUGCAUCCACUCAAGAACCACUAAUUAAAAGCUCCAAGAAUCAAAAUCAAAACCUACUAUAUAGAUAGUUUCAGGCUGUUCCUCUUGAUUUCAUUUGCAAUAUUGCGGAUCACUGUUUCUCAAAUCAUAAAAGCUAUGGGGUUUAAGGUUCAUUCACUGGAAGCAGCUGAUAAUAAAAUCAAAACAAAGGAGAAAAAGAAGAAGAAGUUUUCAUUUUGUUUCUCAUUCUCGUCCUUCGAUUUUGGGUGCUCCGCUUCUCAACGAAUCAAAAAUGAGUAUAGACAUAUUCUUAGAGAUCGAGACCCACCGACUCACUGCAGUGGUGGACCGGUUAAUUAUUCCGACGACUUAUUCAGAUGGAAUGGUGUGAUCAUGGGGCCGUCGAAUUGCCCAUUUGAAGGCGGGAUUUUCUUCCUCUCUAUAGUCUUGCCAAAGGACUAUCCAUUCAAGCCGCCGGUUAUCAGAUUCAUAACUAAGGUGUUUCAUCCAAACAUUGACAAGUCCGGUAAGAUUCAGCUCGACAUAUUACGGAAGAAACGGAUGUGGACUCCGGCUCUCACUAUCAUCAAGACGUUGCUGUCAAUUUGUUCUAUACUUACUGAUCCAGAUACACGAGAUCACGAUUCAAAUCCAAUCUCUGCAAUGUAUAGGACCAACAGAGAGCAGUAUGAUAAGAUUGCCAGAGAAUGGACUACAAUGUACGCCAUGGAGUAGCUAGCCAUAUAUCGGUUUCGGUUUCAGCAUUGCAUUAUAGUUAUGAUACUGUCUGGACAGCAAAAGGAUGCGCGCAUAUGUAUGCAGGCAGCUGUUUGUUCUUUGUAAGCUUUAGGGGUCUUUUGUCUAAAAUAUGUGGUAGGAAUUUUCUCGUGUUAAGUUAUUGGAAAAGAGUCUCAUUUUAGCAUUUACUAAAGAUCAUUUGAUACUAAAUGGUUUUCAAUAUUGUAAUGUCAUAUGGUAGCUAGACCACCACAAAAAUCAAAACACUUUCGAUAUGAAAUGAUUCUUAAUUGAGUUUGGGAAAGGCAA